AUAACAAAAGAUAACUUAAUAAAAUGAAUUAAUUCCUUUAUUGCAAUUUCAUUCACAGAGAAAAAAUACCAGGUGCUGUCUGUAUAAAAUGUCCUCCAUUCAUUUAACUACAGGUUCUCAGGAGCCUCCCAGAGUUGAAGGUCUAUUGAGACUUUAUUCCAUGAAGUUUUGUCCUUUUGCCCAAAGGACUAGAUUAGUUCUAAAUGCAAAAGGAAUUCCUCAUGAUAUUGUGAAUAUAAAUUUGAUCAAAAAACCUGAAUGGUACUUUAAAAUUCAUCCAGAAGGAAAAGUACCAGCUCUGCUUGAUGGAUCAAAGGUUAUUGUUGAAAGUCUCGACAUAAGUGAUUAUCUCGAUGAGAAAUAUCCUGAAAACCCUCUUUAUCCUGUAAAGCCUGAAUUGAAGAAACGUGACAAGGAUUUAAUAAACAAGAUCGGAGCUGUAACUCAGGUUUUUGGUCAAUGCGUCUUUACUGAUAUGAAAAAGACUCCAGAGGAGUGGUUAAAAGAUUUUUUAGUUCCAUUGCAAGAUUUUGAAGAUGCACUAGCUCAAAGAGGAACACCAUUUUUUGGUGGAGAAAAACCAGAAAUGGUCGACUAUAUGCUGUGGCCCUGGGCAGAAAAGACAGAAUGUAUAGAAAUAAAACAGGGAACGAAAUUACCAGUGAAGGAUGAUCAAAUACCACUUCUUCGGAAAUGGAGAAAAACUAUGCGUGAUUAUCCUAUUGUCAAAGAAAUAUACACUCCUCCAGAAGUAUUUUGGAAAGUGGCUGAAUGUAAAUUAACCGGAACUGAACCCAAGUAUGAUGACUUAUAAGAUGCACAUAUCACAGUACAUGUAUAAAAAUAUUUAUGCUAUACAAUUUUUAAUUUUUAAUUACCUAAUAUUUUUAGAAUUACUUUAUGUUACAUUUUUGUAAUAAAAUAUUAAUUUUAAUAAGACAGUAAUAAGGCUUUAACUAGUAUAAUUUUUAUAUACUAUGUUUCUCAAAUAUGUUUUA